CGUCAACUCUGGACUCCACCCGUACAUCGAACAGCAGCGUUGCCUUGACAAUGAGUUCGUCGUCGUCUGGUGCAGACACAAAAACCUCACAAUCCAGCCGGAAACGACCUCGCACAGAGCCUGACUCUGUCGAUGAUGCGAACGAAUCGUUCCGCCGCGACGAAACGUACUGGUAUGACGAUGGCAACAUUAUUUUCGUCGCGCAGAACGUCGGCUUCCGCGUCUACAAGGGCAUACUCGCAGCCAAGUGUGAAGUCUUCCGCAAUAUGUUCAGUCUACCUCAGCCUGCCCAAGACUCAGGACCGGGCGGGUCGCGUGACACCGUCUUGUAUGGUUGCCCGGUCGUCCACGUCACCGAUACGGCGGGCGAGUUUCGCAUGCUACUCGACAGCCUGCUCAACGGCAUGGAGAUUAUACGAGGCGGAGGAUGCCGCUUCGACGAUGUUGCAAACGCCGUCCGAGUCGCACACAAGUAUGAUGUCAGGCAGCUUUACGCGGACUCUAUGAAGAGAUUGCAAGAAUGCUACCCAACUAAGCUCAAUGAUUGGGACGACCUCGGAAGCUUCUCGCCACUGCGGUUUGGUUCCACGGACGACGAGGACGAGGUGGACGCCCGUGGGACGCAAGCAAUCGUCGCUGUCACAUUGGCGCGCCUUACCGAGACACAUUCGCUGCUGCCAGCAGCGCUGUACGAGUGCUGCCAGCUAGACAGCAGAGUGUUAAUCAAGGGUCGCAUCCGCCCAGAUGGGACGGCGAUUACCUUGAGCCCGGAGGACCUCGCGCAGUGCAUUGACGCGAAGGCAAAUCUUUGCUCUCGUGUUUCGGAGGUUGACUAUCAGCUUUUUGAUAUCACUCCCUCCGCAGCGUCCGCAGCGUCCCAUCCCAGAUGUGACGACAUAUUUAAACAAGUAUGUGACCGAGCUUUCGUCGAGGUCAACGGGGCCCGUGGCAGAUGUGAUGUGUUGCGGCGACGGAAAUCUAUGAUUACUCAGCUAGUCCACGACAUGGGGCUCUGCAGAUUGUGUCUUAUGCUCCUCCGCGGAAGAAGUGCUCGUUUGCGCGGGGAGUCCUGGGGGCUGCUGCCAAAACUAGUUGGAGUAGAUGACUUGCCGAACUGGGGUGAGGGCCAUUGAGAAAAGUCGUGUAAAGGAUGCUGUAACUAGAGAUGAGUGACUGUGGCGUGCGUGGCUUAGGCCGCUAGGUGGAAACGCGCCGGAAAUACUAGUCAAUGAUUCUAUGCGGUCUUUGCGAUAUCGUUAUACCCUCACCAACAGCUUCGAUGCUUAUGUAUCAUUGGUACAGAGAUGGUUAUGAUAAGGUCACCUGAAUACGCUGUCCGCCGCAUGCAGUCAGUAAUCGACCUGGACGCAGCCAAGACGC